AUGGACCAACUAGUACAGAGCGACCUGCCUGUCUUUAACUGGGGUGAUUUCACCGAUUUCCACCAAAGCCCCCCGUUAUUACCGGAGUCCGGCACCUCUGAGGUCACCUCAGUACUCUCAGCCCGCUCCUAUCUCCUGCCCGAAUCACAUAACCCACAGAAUGCUCAAAGUAGUACGCCGUCACCCGGUCGUAGCGACUUGGCCCUUGAGCUCGCAUCUUCCUUCAACCGGACGGACACAAACCAAACACCCCUCUCUAAACCAAUGAAACCACGGCCACAGAAACGCCAGCGAGGUGGAUCCAAGAAGGCCGCGCCAGCGAAGGACCGCGGAGCGCCCCGAGGGGCUGGUGAGAGCAAGGAAAAUCCCGAAGAGCGUCGUCGCCUGCAAGCUCGCAUGGCACAACGUGCUUAUCGUUCACGGCAGCAGGCCAUAGUGGACGGCCUCAACAACCGCAUCUCCCUUUUGGAGACCUCAAUGGAGAAAAUGAGCUCUGCUAUGUUGUCAUUUAGUGAGCAUCUGGUCCAAAGUGGGCUGCUUGGGUCACAGCCUGCUCUGACGGCGAAUUUACGAGACACCAUGAAGGUCUUUUAUACCAUGGCAGCCGGAGUAAGCCACGACGACGAAGAUGACGGUAUAAUGGACUCCAAUAAGACAAUUGAAUCACCACCAGCCUUGCAACAACCCACAAUCGAACGCCCGCCACCACUGGGUGGCACUGGAUCAUACCCUAACAAUGCUGUCCUGCCAGAUGCUGACAAUACACCCGGGAUUUCAAUUAUGGAAGUGUCCGCAUUCAUCCAGAAGCUGCUCCUAGUAGCCCUCUACCAGGGAUAUCUCGCUCUACGCGAUCCGUCUAUUGGGAUGGAUCGACUCCAACGACCCUUUGGGCUCAUUUUUGGUAUAAUGGACCGCGAACGCCUGACAUCUCACUUCAAAGCGGAGUUUUAUUCUCUAUUAAACCAAAGGCCGCUAGACGGAUGGGAUGAAGUCCCCUUUUUCAGGCUGGGGGGUGCGGGAACCCAUUAUCUCCACGCGAGGAGCACCGGUGCCUUUGCCUCUUAUUACCAGAGCGGGCCCACCGUGGAGGACCCCUUGUCACUGGCCACGGCAGAUUUACGAGCGCAGUUAGAAGGGGAUUGGUUUGACUUGCAAGAUCUGGAGGGGUAUAUUCGAGAUAAGAACGUGCUCCUGGUUGCGUCAGCGGGUGAGCCAACGACAUCCUCAAAAGUACCGACCAGUAUCAACGUCUCACGCUUUAUAUCAAGUAAGUCCGCCUACGGUUUGUAA